AUGACGACUGUGGAUCUCGGUACUGUUUUCAAGGGUAGCCCAUCGGGCAAGAUCGUUGAGUCGAAGGGUGAGACUGUGACGCUCGGUGAUGACCAGGUGGUGAUUGAUAUUGCCUACUCAGGUCUCUGCGGUACCGACUUGCACUACCGCAAGGCCGACAUGGUGAUGGGUCAUGAAGGUGUCGGUGUCGUUACAAAGGCUGGCCCCAAGGUUAAAAACCUCAAGGUCGGUGACCGCGUCGGCUGGGGCUACAACCACGACUCGUGUGACCAAUGUGACGAGUGUUGGAAGGGCAACGAUAUUUUCUGUGAGGAGCGCAAGAUGUACGGUUUGGCUGAUUUGAACAUGGGUAGUUUUGGUGACCGCGUCGUGCUCAAGGCGGCAUUCGUGCACAAGAUCCCUGAUGCGAUCGACCUGAGCAUGGCCGGCCCGCUGCAGUGCGGUGGUGCGACGGUGUACAGUGCCAUUCACACGGCCCGCGUCCAGCGUUGCGACCGUGUGGGUGUGCUCGGUCUGGGUGGUCUUGGCCAUUUGGCUGUGCAGUACCUGGCCAAGAUGGGUUGCGAGGUUGUCGUGUUCAGCCGCACUGACGACAAGAAGGCGGAGGCGCUCGAGCUCGGCGCUCAUGAGUUCGUGGCUACGAAGUCGAACCCUGACUUCAAGGGCGUGAAACCUGUGUCGCAUCUGCUUGUUUCCUCGUCGAAGCAGCCGGACUGGGAGCAGUACAUCAAAGUGCUUAAGAAUGAGGGUGUGAUUGUGCCGCUUACCGUGAGCUUUGAGCCGAUGACCGUGCCGUACGGUGACCUGCUCUUCCGCCAGCUUGCUAUCCAGACCAGCCUGGUCGCAAACCGUCUUGUGCACAAGCAGAUGCUUGAGUUCACUGCGCGUACGGGCGUCAAGCCGAUUGUUGAGCAGCUCGAGAUGACCGAGGAGGGCGUCAACACGGCGUUCGACCGCCUGGAAGAGGGUGAUGUGCGCUACCGUUUCGUGCUGAAGAACCCUCGUUUCAAGGGCGUGUCCAACUAA